CAAUCUUCUAGUGCCAGUUCUUCGACGUUUGAACCUGCACUUCUUCAAGUUACACUAUUCGCUCUAGCGGACCUUAUUUAGUCGGUCCAAUAUUGCAUGCUGUAAUUGCUCGCAGCCAUACCCUUUAUCGAAACCACGUUUCUGAUCUUUAUCGAUGCCUAAAGCACCAGGUUCAGUUGGUUCGGGAACCGGCGGUGCUACUGUCCUCAAGAGAAAUCAGGCCUGCCACCAGUGCAGAAGGCGCAAAUUGAAAUGUGAUGCCAGACGACCCUGCUCGACGUGUGUUCGGUCGCACAAGCAUGCCCGUGACCAUGCUCAGCCCGGGGCAACCCUGCCGGAAAGGCCGGAAUGCACAUUCGACGAAGUGGCAACGACGGAGACCCCAUCUGCCCCAUCAGAUAGUCCCAAGAACAGGUUUGAGCGAUUGGAGACUCGGAUAAAGGAGCUAGAGGCACUUUUAAGUCAAAAAGAGCAGGCAACAUCCCCGGAUGCCAAUCCACCUAGCAGUUCGGCUCCGCCGUCUAUCCAGAAUUCACCUGGUUCUAUUCAAUCUGUGCCAUCGGAUUCACGUUCCGGAUCGGCAUCGACGAUGAGCUUUCCGAGUGAACUGGAAUCCCUAUUGUCACCAUCUAAUAUGGACGUGAAUGCCCAGACGGUUAACCCGUACUUUUGGAAUGGCAAUUCACAUCUCAUUGAAGGUGCAAGUGUCGGGAUUGAUGCUCCCUUGCUUUCAUCCAGCAUGGAUGUCAUCUGGUCACAUUGGCCUGUCAACCUCCCUCACCCGGAACUCAUGAGGCAUCUGGUGGAUAUGUUCUUCUUGUUUCACCCGCACGCAUCUCGCCUUUUCCACAGGGGUACCUUCAUAGCUUCGCUAUCAUACCCACCGGACCAUCCUGACUUUCCCAUUGCACCUAUUUUACAUGCCAUAUGCGCUGUCAGUGCCAUCUACACUGCAACUGGAGGACCUCGGACGAAUGCUGCAGACUUCCCAUACGAAGGACAAUUUGCACAGCCAGACCUGCCUGAUACAUUUGCAGAGCAACAAGUAACCCACGCUAAGGAAACGGUUGAGAAGUUCUUGAACAAAGGCCAACAUUUAGUUCAAUGCGUGCAAACGUACGUUCUACUGACGUGGUACUAUUGGUGUCACUCGAAUGGCCAAUCUUUGCGCGUUGCGAUACCGUUGGGACUCAACAUUUGCCCUCCUUUCCGUUCGCUACAUAAAAGCUCUCCAACAAUGUCAAUAAUCCCUCCGCCUCGCACUCCAAUUGAGGAUGAAACACGGAGAAAUACCUUCUGGCUGGCAUACGCAGUCGAUCGCCAACACGGAUCUGGCACUGGGUGGGCGCUUUCCCUUGACGACGAUGACAUCGCCCAAGUGUUCCCAGUCACGACGGAGCAGUUUGAGUUGGGGAUACCUGUGAACUAUAACGUACGGCAGUGGUGUCACGUCAGAGAAGCAGUGCUCUUUCAUCCCCCCGAUAUCACCGACUCCUUCACAUUGUAUAUCAAGAGCACUAUGCUUCUUUCUUUCAUCAAAAACUUCAACCACCGAUACAAGAUCAAAUCGAAUUUGGGAGACACGAGAUUCCUGCCAGCCAGGAACUUUGCAACCCAGGGGUAUGGAGAUCAGCCAGAUAUGCGGUCGUCCCCCGCCUUCCUAGAGUUGGAUCAGUUGCUCGUGUCGUUCCGAUCGUCAUUUCCUAGUAAUUUGAAAGACCCAUUCCGAAACGGACUAGUGGACUCUCACUUAUACACGACUUUCCUCACCGCGCAUGUAUCAAUAAUUUUACUUCAUGAACCUCACGCCGAUGUUGAUAGGGCCAAUUGCCCUUCCGCUGCCAAGAUACUCGAGAGUGCCCGUGCCAUCCUUGAACUUAUAUAUGCGGUGUGGUCUACGAAUUAUGAUAUCGGGCUUUUGGACUAUUUCUGCCCGUUUUGCUGGUAUCUUGCUGGGCAAUGCUUUGGCCGUUUCCUCCGUGCUGCCCAGGAUGCUGCUUGUGUCCAACAGAUAGAGACCCUCCGGGCAGAGCUUGACUUUGUAAGGAUGGCAUUGAGCAAGAUGGCCGAACGAGUUCCCCUUUCAUACCGAUACCAUAGAAUGCUGGAUGCUUGCAUUCCGGAAGUUUGUAGUCCGGCAGCCGCGCGUUCGGCACAUUCGAGUCCUGCGGACGGGAGACCGGGUUCUGCUGUCACUGAUCAACCACUGCUGGCUAAUGUCACGCAGACGAGUCCACCUCAGUACGACAUGGCAUACUUUCUUCAGAUAAAUAACCUGGAUCCCCAGCCUUAACCUUUCCUCAUCUUUUUUUCUUGGCAACAGUCUGUCUCCUUAGUAAGUUAUCGCAAUAAUAAUGUAUUGUAAAGUCCGCCGUGUUUUGUUUGUGUCCAUGAAGUACUGUAGCAGCCAGCUUCUUGUAC